GGCGGUUCUUCUUUCCCACAACACACCCUUGUCUUCGUCCGUCGUGCUGGGCGUCGCACUCGCCUCCCCCAACUUGGUCCUUAGCUCCAAGUCCAGCAUUUCUCUCGCCUCAUCCCCUCUCUCGUUUUAGCCCCGCUCCCGGCCUCAUAGACCAAUUUUCGCUGACCCUCAGCAUCAGUUUCCUCAGCCAAUCAGACCAUGUCUCAAAACCAAGGUGAUAUCCAAGAGCGCAUUGCCGCCGCGCGUCGGGAGGCGGAGAGUUUGAAGGAGAAGAUUCGGACGAAGAAGGAAUCCUCAGCGGACACCAGCCUACGCGCGAUGGCUGCAGAAGUUGACCCGCUCCCGCGUAUCGUCAUGAAGCCUCGACGUGCUCUCAGGGGCCAUCUUGCCAAAAUCUACGCCAUGCACUGGGCCGCUGAUCGCCGUCAUCUCGUCUCUGCCUCUCAGGACGGGAAGCUCAUUGUCUGGGACGCAUAUACCACCAACAAAGUCCACGCCAUCCCCCUGCGCUCCAGCUGGGUCAUGACCUGCGCCUACUCUCCUUCGGGCAACUUCGUCGCUUGCGGUGGUCUUGACAACAUCUGCUCUAUCUACAAUCUCAAUAGCAAGGACGGCAAUGGUGUCAAGGGGGCACGGGAACUCAGCGCCCAUUCUGGCUACCUGAGUUGUUGCAGAUUCAUCAAUGACAGGCAGAUUGUCACCAGUUCCGGUGACAUGACCUGCAUGCUCUGGGACAUCGAAGCUGGUGUGCGCGUCGUAGAGUUCAGCGACCACACAGGAGACGUGAUGAGUUUAUCUCUGGGUCCCAACUCGAACGUGUUUGUGUCUGGUGCUUGUGAUGCCACGGCCAAACUGUGGGACAUCCGCAGUGGGCGGGCGACACAGACUUUCACUGGACACGAGUCCGAUAUCAACGCUGUGCAAUUCUUCCCGAACGGCGACGCCUUUGCCACGGGUUCAGAUGAUGCGUCGUGCCGUCUGUUCGACAUCCGUGCCGAUCGCGAGCUGAACACAUUCACGCAUGAUAACAUCUUGUGCGGUAUCACCUCGGUUGCCUUUUCGAUUUCCGGUCGUAUCCUCUUUGGUGGAUAUGACGACUGGACUUGCAACGUCUGGGAUACUUUGAAGGGAGAGCGUGUUGGUGUCCUCACCGGCCACGAGAACCGAGUCAGCUGUCUUGGCGUUAGCACUGACGGCAUGGCGCUUUGCACAGGCAGUUGGGACAGCACUCUCAAGGUUUGGGCAUAAUAUGUCCUUUAUCGUGUCAUGCACCUUCCUUGUAUCUUAGCCGCUCCAUCUCGAACGUGAAAAGACCGAACUCCCUCUCGCAACGGCCCAUUCCACUCACAUAUGUCAUUCUACAUUCACUCACCCGCGUUCAUGUUAUUUGUGCGCCCAGAGUCAGUCUUUACCCAAUACAGGUACAGCCGCCUUUUAUCCUACAUGUGUCUCUUGCGUGUUUAUAUAUCUCGACGCUCUGGUACCUAAAUUCUUUCUGCUCGCUUCACUCUCUUAUAUAUAUGUUCAAUUCUAU